CCUAUUUGCUGAGAAAAGAGAAGAUCAGAAGAAGCUCUCAAAUGCGAAGGAAAUAAGGAAUGCAGCUGAUUCCAGUAUUUCCCCUUAGUAGUGAAGCUAAGGUGAACACAACUAGUGAUCCUCAUGGCAUUGCUGUCAAUUCCUUGAGCUUGCAGCAAGCACAUGGUGUUCGAGAAAAUUCAUCAGACCAAUGCCCUAAUUUUUUCAAACAGUUACUCAAAUCUCAUCUGACUGGAAAAUUCUGUUUGAAUUUACCAAAGAAAUUCUGUGAUGAGCAUUUACCAAGCAAUGAUGGUACAAUUAUUUUGGUGGAUGAAGAUGAACUAGAAUAUAGUAUGAGGUAUUCAGCGCGAAGAAAUAGGUUUGGUAGUGGUUGGAAAGCCUUCUGCAUGGCACACAAAUUGCGAGAGAGUGAUGCUUUGGUUUUCCACCUUAUCGAGCCUUGCAAGUUUAAGGUAUACAUUAAGAGAGCAAGCAAAUCAUCAGAUGAUGAUGGUGCUAGUGGUCUUCAAAAUUUUAGUUUCCAAAAUAGUCAGCCAAUUAAUACUGUGAAAAUUGAAGACCAAAUAGAAGGCAAUGUGCAGAUUAAUGCAACAGAGAGAGCAGAAUAUUUAAGCUCUUCUGCUGUGGACAAUCCGCAGGAGAAGAAGGCAAGAUUAGUAUAUGAUAGUAGGCCUGUGAUGGAUCAAUCUCAAUCUGUGGGCGAUAGUGAUAUCUUUGUCCCAGAUGUUCAUGAAGGCGUCAUCAAAUGCUCAGAAUCUGUUGCCUAUUUCAAAGAUGUAAAUGGUUUCGAAGAUUUCACGAUUCAAGUGGAUGGCGUAAUUCUUGACUCAGAGAUACCAUUAGAUCUCAGAAUAAAGUACUACGAGUUAUGCGUCAGUCAAAAAAUGUACCUUCACGAAAGUCUUAUUAAGGGCAUCAGCAGUAAACUAGCUGCUGUAAUGAUUUCUGAAACUGUCAACAUUGCUGACGCCGCGAAAUCCGCCAACCUUGCCACGUCUCUUCAUCAUUUGGAAUGUUGGGGGAAGACUUUGAAGGCUUUCGAGGAUCUGGGCAUGCUGGUUGGGUUUAUACUUGAUAGGCUGAAUAAGCUAGUCAGCCUUUCCCUUAAAUCCCAAGCAGUUAUUCAGUCAAAGAAAAUGCACAUGGCUCAAGUUGAUGAGGAGAUCAGAAAUCUUGAGGCGACGGCUGUGAAUGCUAAAGCAGUAAUUGGACGUCUGGAGGCCGAACUCGAGGCUCUGAAAUUGAAGAUUGUGAAGCUUGGCUUAGAGUUCCAGGGGCUUACUGGUUCUCCAUGGUGACAAUUAUGUGCAGUUUGGUAUGAUUAGACCUCUUUUUUUGAUAAUUCGUAGAUCUUAGCAUCAUCAUUAGUCUUCCUUAUAGAGAAACCUGAUAAUGUCGUGGCAUCUUCCAUCAUGAAAGUGUUCUGAUGCUCUCUGGUGUUUGA